CAAUCAAAAAAACCCUCAUCUUGUUCCAAGCAAGCAUGGCGAUCAACACCCAAAGUCAUCUUGUGGUCUCCAAAAUAGCCAUUAUUGGAGCUGGUGUAAGUGGUUUAGCUGCGGCUAAACAGCUACGUCACCAUGAUCCAAUAGUGUUUGAAGCCUCGGACUCCAUUGGAGGAGUCUGGAAAGGCUGUUCUUACCACUCCACCAAGCUUCAGUCGGCUCGUUCUGAUUACGAGUUCACUGAUUUUCCUUGGCCUAACAGAAGUAGUCCCGAUUUUCCUUCUCAUAUAGAGGUGCUGGAUUACCUCGAAUCUUACGCAAAACACUUUGAUUUGUUAAAGUGUGUGAGGUUCAAUUCAAAAGUGGUGGCUAUCCGCUUCAUCGCUGCCUCACGAACCGCUGAUUUUGAUGGAGAAUAUGACACCCCUUUGCCGGGUCAUCCUGUUUGGGAGGUUGCUGUGCAAACUAACAAUUCAGAUUCCAUUCAGUGGUAUGGAUUCGAGUUUGUGGUUGUUUGUACGGGGAAGUAUGGCGACAUACCAAGAAUUCCAACUUUCCCAGCGAACAAGGGGCCUGAGAAGUUUGGGGGGGAGGUGUUGCAUUGCCUUGAUUACUGUAAGCUGGACAAGGAAGCUGCUACUCGGCUGCUUAGGGGCAGAAGGGUUGUUGUUGUUGGCUACAAGAAAUCGGGUAUUGAUUUAGCUUUGGAAUGUGCUGAGGCAAACCAAGGAGCGGAAGGACAACCAUGCACAUUGUUGGUAAGGACAAUACACUGGACAGUCCCCCAUUACAAAGUUUGGGGUUUGCCCUUCUUUCUCUUCUAUUCCACAAGAUUUUCUCAGUUUUUCCACACAGCACCCAACCAAACUUUUCUCAGGGCUCUCCUUUGCCUCCUUUUAUCUCCAAUUAGGCGUGGAAUUUCAAAGUUUAUUGAGUCCUACUUGCUUUGGAAGCUUCCUUUGCUCAAAUAUGGCCUUAAACCGAAGCACCCAUUUGAGGAAGACUAUGCAUCUUGCCAGAUGGCUAUUAUGCCAGAGAAUUUCUUCUCCGAGGCCGAUAAGGGAAAGAUUGUGUUCAAAAGGGCAUCAAAAUGGUGGUUCUGGGAGGGUGGCAUUGAGUUUGAAGACAAUACUAAAUUGGAGGCCGAUGUGGUGAUUUUUGCCACCGGUUAUGAUGGAAAGAAAAAGCUGAAAGCUAUUUUACCAGAGCCCUUUUGUAGCUUAUUAGAAUAUCCUUCUGGUAUUAUGCCCUUAUACAGGGGCACCAUCCAUCCAUUGAUACCGAACAUGGGUUUUGUGGGUUACAUUGAAAGUGUGUCAAAUCUUCACACUGCUGAGCUAAGGAGCAUAUGGCUGGCUCGAUUGAUUGACAGCAAAUUCAAGCUCCCUAGUGUGGAGAAGAUGCUCGAACAAAUAUCUAAAGAGAUAGAAGUCACAAAGCAGUCCACCAGGUUCUACAAGAGGCAUUGUAUCUCCACUUUCAGCAUCAAUCACAGUGAUGAAAUCUGUCAAGAAAUGGGGUGGAAUUCUUGGAGGAAAAAGAAUUGGUUGCUAGAAGCAUUUAGCCCUUAUGGCAGUCAGGACUAUGCGCUGGAAAAAUAGAGCUCUAACAAAAUUACUUGUUUAGCAAAUCAAAAUAUUUAAGACAAGGGAGAUAUACUUAAAAAACCUUUGAUAGUUGUCAUUUGCCCCGUAGCUGUCUAUUGGGCAAAUCACACCACCUACGAGUUUUUUUUUUUUUUAAUGAAAAGGAAUUAAAUAAA